GCCUGCGAGUCAUUCCCGUUUACGUUUUAUUCUCUUGCCUUCCGGGACUUGUCUUCUCAGGGCAGCGGCGUAAUAAUUUACCCUUCUGGCGGAGGGCAGCGGCGGUGGCCCCUCGGGCUCCAGUUGCUCGUUUGACCCUUCCCUUCAUUGCUAACCAUCUGCCCCAGCCCUUGGCAGUUUUAAUUGUCUUGGUAGUAAGAGGAGCAUAAGCUCGAGAUGAUCUGUACGACGAUGGAAGCUCUGACCAACACGUCUUUUCCGUCGAGCCCGGCGUUUUCAAUCCCUGUUCUAAAUCAUUGUGUUGGUGGGCAGAGAUGGUGGACGAGGAGCCGCAGCAGAAGCUGCGGCGGCGACGCACCCACCCUUGUCGUCCUGCCCCGAUGUCGCCCAAAAGCAAGCGGAAACCAUCAAUCAGCUAAUCGUUCAUUUCUCUUUCCUUCUCCUUCCUCCUCAAUCCUGAGAAAGGGCAGCAACGCCACUGACUUGGCAGCCGCCACUUGCUCCUGGACUGCUGCUGGCUGCAAAUAUAGUGGAAGAAGGUGUUCGAGGAUUCUUACGGCGUCAUCCUCAUCCUCUUCUCCGAAGCCUCUUGGGGAGGACCCAGAGGAGGAAGAGGGAAAAAAAGGAGAGGAGGUGGAGAGAACAUUGGGAAUGGAUGGAAGCAUACCCAGCAGCUCUGAGGAAUUCUUGCGACGGGUCUCCUCCCCCGCCUAUGAUAUGCGUCGGCACCUAUUUCAGACGAUUAGUUCCAGCAGCUAUGAAGUACUGGACCACAACCCUUGGAGAGAAGGCUCUAAGCCCGUUUUUGUGCUGACUCAGGGGAACAAUCAAUUGUGCACAAUGAAAACACGUCAGAGUCGCAGUGAAGUGGAAAGGGAACUUGGGCUGCUGUUUACUAGAAGGACAAAAUGGGAUCAAAAAGUUGAUAAUAAGGUUAAGCAUGCUAGAACUGGCACAAAGUUUAAUAUGCUUGUAGAAGAUAUUCGGGAGGGAGUGCUUGUGUUUGAAGAUCAGAGUGAAGCGAGCAGGUAUUGUGAGUUGCUACAAGGAGUUCAGAAGUGUGAGGGUAUCGCUGAGCUUGAAGUUUCAUCGGUCUUUGAUAUUUGCCAGAAAAUGAGGGCUCUGGCUGUUUUGUUUCGUCGAGGAAGGACGCCGCCGCUUCCAAAAAGCCUCGAGCAAAAUUUAAGGGCUCGGAAGCGGUCCCUUGAAGACCAGGACAUCAUCUGAAGCAGCUAGCUGUGUUUACAUUCAAGAGGAAAGAGAUUCAUGGAAAUUGAGUUUAUGAAACAUAAUGAUCACUUUGGUGGUGGUUUGGUUUGGCAAAAGUAGUAACAUGUAAAAUAAUUUCACCUAUUUAAGUUUAAAUAUAGUUAAUGAAUAAGUUAUUAUUAACUCAUUUCAGAACAGAAUGAGACGGUUAAAAUGUAUUAUAUUUAAAUUAUAAGAAAUGAUUUUAUGGAAUUUCAUUUGCAAUGAAUCAGCAGGCCUUUUGUGAA